AUGCUUGCCGAGGAGGAGGAUGCUGCUCGAGAUUUGAUGAUGGCUCAGCUAUAUUAUACCCAUAAGGUGCCAUCUGGGGGUUCUCUUAAAAAAGCGGCCAAAAAGAGGCAGAAAAGGAAAAGCAGCCCGUUGCCCCCCUUUCCCGCCGGAAAUUCAGAGCCGGAUGCAGGGCCUGAUUCUGUGCUGGAAAAGGCAAAUAUUCUCCGGAACGGCAAUGUUUUUGACUUGAAUUCGAAACUUUGCGGGCCCUCGAUUUCGGACUCUAGCUCUUUGGAAUAUGCCACCCCGGAAGAGGAAGAGGAUUACUCGAUCUCUUCGGAAGACAACCAUACAUUGGAGAUCGGCUCUGACGCCGAUUUAAACCUGGAAAUCGAAGGCGAUGAAGAAAGUAACAGAUACUUUGGGAAGAAAAAAGGAUCCAAUGCAAAAUGCUACAAUUGCGGGCUACAGGGCCACAUUUCCAGAGAUUGUUCGGCAGAUGCUUCCGAAAUCUCCUGCUCGAUGUGCAUUGUUCAUGGCCACUCUCGCCAACAGUGCCCAAAUCAAAUUUGCUUUAACUGUAAGCUACUUGGGCACCAAUCCAAGGAUUGUCCCUCCCAAAGAAGGAGGUUUACCUCCGAGCGCGAUAUUUGCACCCUUUGUGAUAACCCAGGCCACACGUCCAAGUUUUGUUCUGCCUCAAGUUGGAGAAAUUACAUUUACAAUAGAUCCCAUGCAAACGCUUCGCUUUCUGCGCAUCUCAAAUCAGCAGACCUGGACCGGUGCUUCAGAUCCUUGAACUCGUAUUGCUUUUGCUGUGCAAAAAAGGGCCAUUUUGGCGAUGAAUGUAAGAGGAAUWCAUUCCGGAAGCUGGAGGACCGUUGGUCGGCCUUUCAUCAAUACAGCGAAAUCUAUUUGAAAAACUGUCUGCUUGAAAAGACACACAUCGCCAAACGGCCCAAGCAUCAUAGCAAGUCGGACGCACGGUAG